AUGGCUGAUGAGAGACCUACGCCCAGGGAUGAAGACAUCCCCGGCGGUUAUCCAGUCACGCCAAGCGUCAACUCGAUUACCCCAACGGGAAACGUCACCGAUAGACAACUCGAGGCCGGGUUUGCGGGCCGUGAUACUGCGGCUACGACGUACGAUCAUGUCACCGCCGGCAGUUCAGCCUCACCCGGCGCGACUGGGGCCUUAGCCUCUGAGCCUCAACUGCAACACGCGCCUAUCCUCGAUCGCAAUUCUUCAUCGAGCACUGUUCUCCCCCGCCGCGAAUCCACUGAAGAAAAGCGCAAGAGUGCAUCUGACGACGAACCCAUCUUUGCCCCGAUCAAAUCUCACACCGAGAAUGAGAAACCGCCCCUCGAGAAACACAAGUCUCAUCGCACUGAAGAUGAUCUCUUCCGCGUCCUCUCCCGUCGUCGCACGAAUGCCUCAACGCCCGCUGAGAAAGAAGAAGAAACAGAAGAUAAUGAGGAACUCGACCGUCUCAUGUCUCGUAUCUUUGGCCAGAAGCGCCAGGAACAAAGCGAGGAGGAGAAGACGCGACAUAGCGGUGUUAUCUUUCGUAACCUCACUGUUCGCGGUGUUGGUCUCGGGUCCAGUCUUCAGCCUACCGUUGGAGAUUUCUUCCUAGGCCUGCCGCGCAAACUGGGCAAGUUGUUUACCCAAGGACCCAAGGCUGCGAUGGCGAAACCACCCGUUCGAGACCUCAUCAGUAAUUUCGACGGUUGCGUUAGACCAGGUGAAUUACUCCUUGUUCUGGGUAGGCCUGGCGCGGGGUGUAGUACGUUCCUCAAGACAUUCUGCAACCAGCGCGCGGGCUUUCAGUCCGUUGAAGGUCAGGUUACAUACGGCGGGACUGACGCAGCGACAAUGGCGAAGGAUUUCCGCGGUGAGAUUAUCUACAACCCUGAAGAUGACCUGCACUACGCCACGCUCUCGGUGAAGCGCACCCUCACUUUUGCGCUGCAGACUCGCACGCCCGGUAAAGAAUCCCGUCUCGAAGGCGAAACGCGUCAAGACUACGUCCGUGAAUUUCUCCGCGUCGUCACAAAACUCUUCUGGAUCGAACAUACCCUCGGCACCAAAGUCGGCAAUGAAUUCAUUCGCGGCGUCUCCGGCGGCGAGCGCAAACGCGUCUCCAUCGCAGAAGCCAUGAUAACACGUGCCUCAGUCCAAGGCUGGGAUAACUCUAGCAAAGGCCUCGAUGCUAGCACAGCAGUCGAAUACGUAAAGUCCAUUCGCGCCAUGACCAACAUGGCUGAUACAUCUACCGCUGUGUCGCUCUACCAAGCUGGUGAAACACUCUACGACCUCGUUGAUAAAGUCCUGCUCAUCGAUGAGGGGAAAUGUCUUUACUACGGCCGCGCAGAAGACGCGAAGAAGUAUUUUCAGAGUCUUGGCUUUGAGUGUCCUGAGCGCUGGACUACGGCUGACUUUUUAACGAGUGUGACGGAUGAGCAUGAGCGGAGUGUUCGUGAAGGCUGGGAAGAUCGCAUCCCGCGCUCGGCGGGAGAGUUUUCUGAUGCGUAUCGUCGCAGUGAGGAUUAUCAGAAGAAUCUGAGGGAUAUUGACGAGUUUGAGGCUGAGCUUGAGACGUUGGCGGAGGAGAGGCGGAGGAACGAGAGUGAGAAGAGUAAGAAGAAGAACUAUGAGAUUGCGUUCCACAAACAGGUCUUGGCCUGCACGCAUCGUCAGUUCCUCGUCAUGUUCGGCGAUAAAGCGUCUCUGUUCGGAAAAUGGGGCGGUUUGUUGUUCCAAGGUCUUAUCGUCGGUUCACUCUUCUACAACCUCCCCGACACAGCAGCCGGAGCGUUUCCCCGCGGCGGUGCCCUCUUCUUUCUUCUUCUCUUCAACGCUCUUCUCGCACUGGCUGAACAAACAGCUGCAUUCGAGUCAAAGCCUAUUCUGCUCAAGCACAAGUCCUUCUCGUUCUACCGCCCUUCUGCAUUCGCCAUCGCCCAGACGGUCGUCGAUGUCCCGCUUGUUUUCAUACAGGUCGUCAUCUUUAACGUCAUCAUCUACUGGAUGGCUAACCUUGCGAGAACGGCGUCGCAGUUUUUCAUAUCGAAUCUCAUUCUGUGGCUUGUCACUAUGGUGACGUAUGCGUUCUUCAGGGCUAUUUCGGCUUGGUGCGGGACGUUGGAUGUGGCGACGCGGUUUACGGGUGUUGCGAUUCAGAUUCUUGUUGUGUAUACGGGCUAUCUGAUCCCACCGGACUCGAUGCAUCCUUGGUUCGGCUGGCUACGAUGGAUCAAUUGGAUUCAGUACGGUUUCGAGUGUCUCAUGGCUAAUGAGUUCGCGUACCUCACUCUUCAAUGCGAACCGCCAUAUCUCGUCCCGCAAGGCCCCAACGCACGACCUCAGAACCAGGGUUGUACUCUCGCUGGUGCAUCGCCUGGCUCAACAUCUGUAUCUGGCGCUGCAUACAUCCAAGAGUCCUUCACAUACACCCGUUCCCAUCUCUGGCGCAACUUUGGCUUCCUCUGGGCCUUCUUCAUCUUUUUCGUGUUCCUUACUGCUCUUGGUAUGGAGCUCAUGAAGCCCAACGUCGGCGGCGGCGCCAUCACCGUCUUUAAGCGUGGCCAAGUCCCCAAGAAGGUCGAAGAGUCUAUCGCGACUGGUGGUAGAGCCAAGGGCGAUAAGCAAGAUGAAGAGUCUGGGCGCAGCGAUCCUGUCGCGAGUGGUGAUGCCGAACGUACCAAGAGCGAUGAGCAGAUCACCCAAGAAGUCGCAAAGAAUGAAACUGUGUUUACGUUCCAGAACAUCAAUUACACAAUCCCCUUCGAGAAAGGCGAGCGGAAACUCCUCAACGAUGUUCAAGGCUACGUUCGCCCUGGUAAAUUGACCGCUCUCAUGGGCGCAUCUGGGGCUGGUAAAACAACUCUUCUCAACGGCCUCGCCCAACGUCUCAACUUCGGCACCAUCACAGGCGAUUUCCUCGUCGACGGACGUCCCCUCCCAAAAUCCUUCCAGCGCGCAACUGGUUUCGCUGAACAAAUGGACAUCCACGAACCCACCGCCACCGUACGCGAAGCCCUCCAAUUCUCUGCUCUUCUUCGUCAACCGAAGGAAGUACCCAAGCAGGAAAAGAUGGAGUACUGCGAGACUAUUAUUGAUCUUCUCGAGAUGCGCGACAUUGCUGGUGCCAUCAUCGGUACAGUUGGACAAGGUCUCAACGCAGAGCAGCGAAAGCGCCUGACGAUUGGCGUUGAGCUGGCGAGUAAGCCGGAACUGCUUAUGUUUUUGGACGAACCGACUUCUGGUCUUGACUCAGGCGCUGCAUUCAACAUCGUGCGCUUCCUUCGCAAACUCGCAGACGCAGGCCAAGCUGUCCUCUGCACAAUCCAUCAACCCUCCGCCGUCCUCUUUGAAAACUUUGACGAGCUUUUGCUUCUCAAAUCAGGCGGUCGAGUCGUCUACCACGGUCCUCUAGGCAAUGAUUCAGAGAACUUGAUCAAGUACUUUGAGUCCAACGGCGGCCCCAAGUGUCCCCCGCACGCUAACCCCGCCGAGUACAUGCUCGAUGCAAUCGGUGCUGGAAAUCCUGACUACGAUGGUCAAGAUUGGGGUGAUGUCUGGGCCGAGUCUUCAGAGCGACAGAAGCGCUCCCAAGAGAUUGAGGAGAUGAUUGAGCGCCGACGCAACGUUGAACCGUCAAAGAGUCUUAAAGAUGAUCGCGAGUACGCCAUGCCGUUAUCCACCCAAACUUACGCCGUUGUUCGUCGAAGCUUCGUCUCAUUCUGGCGUUCACCCGAUUACAUCUUUGGCAAUUUUAUGCUACACGUCGCAACAGGUCUCUUUAAUUGUUUCACAUUCUACAAGAUCGGUUUCGCAUCGAUUGACUACCAGAACAGGCUAUUCUCCAUUUUUAUGACGCUUACAAUCAGUCCGCCUCUCAUUCAGCAGCUCCAGCCAGCCUUUCUCAAAUCGCGCCAGAUAUUCCAGUGGAGAGAAAACAACGCCAAGAUCUACAGCUGGGUUGCUUGGACUACAGCCGUCGUGGUCGUUGAAAUCCCGUAUCGUAUCGUCGCGGGCGGUAUUUACUUCAAUUGCUGGUGGUGGGGAGUCUUUGGCUGGCGCGCGUCAGCCUUCACAUCUGGUUUCGCAUUCUUGCUUGUUCUGUUGUUCGAGCUAUACUACGUCUCCUUCGGCCAAGCCAUCGCUGCAUUUGCACCCAACGAACUCCUCGCCUCUCUCCUCGUCCCCAUCUUCUUCCUCUUCGUCGUAUCCUUCUGCGGCGUCGUUGUCCCGCCGCAAGGUCUCCCUACGUUCUGGCGCGAAUGGAUGUACUGGCUCACUCCCUUCCACUACCUUCUCGAAGCAUUCCUCGGCGCUGCGAUUCAUGACCAGCCUGUUCGCUGCGAGGAGGGUGAAUUUGCGCGCUUUGAACCGCCGAGCGGUCAAUCGUGCGAUGAGUAUGUUGAGCCAUUUAUUCAGCGCGCGGGAGGGUAUGUCACCACUGGAUCAGACGGAUACUGUGAGUUCUGCCAGUAUGCGACUGGUGAUGAGUUUGGAGCGGGGUUCAGUGUGUACUACAGGAAUAUCUGGAGAGAUUUCGGCAUUUUCUGCGCUUUUAUCGCGUUUAAUUAUGCGGUGGUUUACUUUGCUACGUGGAUGCGGUUCAGAGGGAAGAAUCCGUUCAAGGGACUGUUGCAAAAGAGAAAGGCUUAG